GUAAACAAUCGAUAAAAUAAUAAGAGUAAAGAAAAAAUAAUUGUUAAAUACAUUAGUUUUCUUGUAUUAAUUAUUUAAAUAGAUAUUGGUAGUAUAACAAGUACCUUCUAAGCUGAACACGAGCCAGCAAAUUAGUAAGCCAUCAAAAUAAAUAUAUAAUAUAUAUUUAUAUACAGUCUACAGCAACAUGGGUGACAACAACAAUCUGCGAAGCGCAGUUAUUAACGAGACACCUAUGCUGACCACUCCCUACGGCAACGUUCGAGCACUAUCAGCACCGCCGCCCAUACCACAAUCGCCCCUGCAACAGAGUUCAUAUGGAUACGGCGGAGGCUACAGUAACAUUGGUGGCUACGGAAUGGGCUUAGGCGGCUACAAUACAGGAGGCUACAACACAGGCGGAUUCGGCUACGGGAGCAUGGGCUAUGGUAUGGGCGGUUUCGGUGGCUACGGAGGCGGCAGCUAUGGUGGCUACAACAGAUUUGGUGGCAUGAAUAGCAACGACCCCGAGCAACGGUUUAUACAAAUGGCAGAGAAUAGCUCUCGUCCUGCAUUCCAAAGCAUCGAAUCACUAGUAUCCGCCAUUGGAAACAUUGCGUCCAUGCUGGACUCUACUUUCUUUGCGUUAACAAGCUCGUUUCGUGCCAUUCUUGGCGUGGCUGCAAAUUUUGGACGCCUGCGCAGUGUGUUCGCUCAGUUCUGGACAUCAUUUGCGAUAUUUCGUGGGCUGAAAUGGAUUUACAGAAAAAUACUGUAUUGGCUGCGCAUCUCGAAUUUGGAUCCUUCGUCGGAAGCUUUUAAGAAAGCUUUUGCCGAAGCACUCAACGACAAUAGUAAACAGCCUGGCAAUGCGCCACAUUUACCACGAAAAGGAACGUCUCCGUGGCCAGUAUUGGCAUUCCUUAGUUUUAUCUUUACCGCGCCGUACCUAAUCAUGAAGUUGCUGGGGACUGUGACGAAUACGGCGCAAGAGGAAGCCCGUAUUCCCUCCAAGUGGGUUGCCCCGAUUCAGACGCAGGCCAUCUAUGAUUUCCAGGCGCGCAACGAAAGCGAAUUGACACUGCGUUCGGGUCAAACCUUACAAGUGGCUCCCCGUGAAAUUCAACAGACUCUCCAGCUUUUGAAUACAGGCUGGGCACUGGCCUCAACGAAUGGGCAGACCUCAGGCCUAAUACCUAUUAGCUAUGUGAAAUCACCGCAGCAGUUGCGCCAAGAGCGACAGGCACCAGUCAAGCCACUGCCACCACAGCCCGAGCUAAUGAAUCUGUCUGCGAGUGCAUUCCCCAACCCACCCGUGAAUCAACAAAUGAACUAUGAAUUCAAUUUGGCUGCUCAGCAGCAGCAACCGCUGGGUCCACCGUCCACAACAGUUACCGCAUUUGAUGAAGGAUUCGCCUAAAGCAGUGCAGUAACCUUAACAGUUAGCUAUGAGCCAAAUGAAUUUCUGCUCUAAAAUCGAACACCUUCGGGCUGUUAUUUGUCAGGUUAUUUGUUCCCAAAUUCCUACACCUCUCACAUUUCCCAGUUACGUUACCGACGUGGGCAUGCCACAAACUAUUUUACCUAUGCGUACAAUAGAAUUCCUUGGAACAGCGGUAUUUUUUUAACCUCAGAAAUUACUAAAUAAUAAAUGUUAUAUAAAUAAUUACCUUAAAAAACCACUUA